AUGCUACUUCCACUCAACAGCUAUGUGCUGUUGUGCGUCAGUACUCUUCUUGUCGUCGCAGGCCACUACGCCUGCGCCCGUUGGCUCUUCCCCACGCGUCGAUUUCCUCUACCUCCUGGUCCACCACGCGCUCCUUUCCUGGGGAACGUACACCAGGUUCAUUUAACUUAUCAACAUAAGAAAAUUGCGGAAUGGUCCCGGAAAUACGGGGAUCUACUUUGCGUAAAAAUCUUCCACAAGCCGAUGUUUAUCAUCAGCUCCAUCAAAGGGGCUCGCGACUUGCUGCAGACACGCUCGACGAAAUACUCAGACAGGCCACAUUCCGUCGUAUUGAACGACCUGCCGAUUUUGGCGUUCAUACCCUACGAUGAACAGUGCAAGCGUCUGCGUAAAUGGGACCAAGGCGCAUUGGAGACGAAGGCCGCUCUGAAACAAUAUCAUCACAUACAACGGAAGGAGGUUGGGAUACUUCUAUCGGAUCUUGUACACACUCCCAAGGAGUUCUUCUCUCACAUCAGGAGAUAUAAUGGUGCACUCAUGCUAGAAACUGCUUACGGACAUCCAGUCUCGUCGGCGGAGGACGAGUACAUGGUAUUCGCCGACAGCGCCACCGCUGCAGUCGCCGAAAUAGGUAGUAUUGCUUCUACGUUGGCUGAUUUUGUUCCCAUCUUGAAGUACAUCCCGACAUGGAUGCCUGGCGCAGGCUUCAAACGUCAAGCCCUGCGAGCUAGGGAUAUGUGGGCUGAGAUGACACGCAUACCGUAUCAGAGGAUUUGUGAUGACAUGGCUCUCGGGAAAGCAAGACCCUCGUUUACCACUUUCAUGAUUCAACAAGUGUCGCGAGAUAGAAAUCUCACGGACGACAAUAAUCACGACAUCAGCAAUGCUGCAUCCGUGAUGUACGGAGCCGGAGUUGAUACGACCUUGCAUACGCUGCUUACUCUGCUUCUGGCAUUGACGAUCUAUCCGCAAGUUGUAGACAAGGCGCAAGCGGAAAUCGAUAGAGUUAUCGGUACAUCUCGUCUUCCUGAACUUGCCGACAGGGAGUCUCUGCCAUACUUGGGUUGUAUUGUGCAGGAGGUGCUUCGAUGGAACCCUGCUACGCCGCUCGGAAUACCACACCGUCUUCAAGAGAAUGACAGCUACAACGGAUAUGGUCUCCCGGAAGGCUCCAUGUUUAUCACAAACACGUGGGCAAUGAGUAGAGACCCGGGGCUGUACCCAGAUCCUGAAGUGUUUCGUCCAGAGCGCUUCGAGGAGAUGGAUGCGGAGACGGCCAGUGCGAGGGAUCCACGGAAGUAUACUUUCGGGUUUGGUCGCCGUAUCUGUCCUGGUCGCUACCUCGCUGACACCAGCAUCUGGCUUGUGGCGGCUAAUAUCCUCGCCACCAUGAAUAUCCGCAGGGCGUGCGACUCAGCAGGUCGCGAGAUCAUACCCACGCCAUCGUUCAAGAGCGGUGCCGUCAGUCAUGUUGAACCAUUCGAAUGUGACAUCCGACCGCGUUCUCAGCAGGCUAUGGAUCUCAUUACCGAGCGCAACUCCGAGCACUGA